GGCAGAUGCCCGAGGCAGGGGGGCCGCAGGGAGCUCCCGCAGCAGCGGCCCUGGUGGCAGGCCUUCCAGCCACACUUAGCAGCAUCGCCACAGCAACCGGGGACCAGCCGGCCACAGCCUAGGCAGAGGCAAGUGGGUAGAGGCCAGUGGACGGCUUCCCACCACCAGGAGGACAGGAAAUGACUGCUGUGCAUCAGGCCAGGUGGCAGCCUGGGGAGGGGGAGUGUCACUAGAGGGAGGGCUCAGCCACCCCCCGCAGCAGGAGCGCCAUGCCAGCUGCAGAAGAGGCGCUGGGGCAGGGGCUGCAGCGGGGUCUGGCCUCGCCCUGCCACCCGCACUGAGCGCUCAAGGGCGGCUGGGCUCUGUCUGCUGGGCACACCACCUGAGUCUCAGCAUCCUGUUCCCUCGGGGUAGAGGGAGAGGCACCAGUCCUGUGUUCCUGUCUGGGCCCGCUGCUGCCAGACCAUGGGAUGUCGGCAAAGCUCAGAGGAGAAAGAGGCGGCGCGUCGGUCCCGGCGAAUCGACCGCCACCUGCGCUCGGAGAGCCAGCGGCAGCGCCGUGAGAUCAAGCUGCUCCUGCUGGGGACCAGCAACUCAGGCAAGAGCACCAUCGUGAAGCAGAUGAAGAUCAUCCACAGUGGCGGCUUCAACCUGGAGGCCUGCAAGGAGUACAAGCCGCUCAUCAUCUACAAUGCCAUUGACUCUCUGACCCGCAUCAUCCGUGCCCUAGCUGCCCUCAAGAUUGACUUUCACAACCCCGACCGCGCCUAUGAUGCUGUGCAGCUCUUCGCCUUGACGGGCCCCGCGGAGAGCAAGGGGGAGAUCACUCCUGAGCUGUUGGGUGUCAUGCGGCGGCUAUGGGCAGACCCCGGGGCGCAGACCUGCUUUGGCCGCUCUAGCGAGUACCACCUGGAGGACAAUGCGGCCUACUACCUGAACGACCUGGAGCGCAUUGCUGCACCCGACUACAUCCCCACUGUCGAGGACAUCCUGCGCUCCCGGGACAUGACCACGGGCAUCGUGGAGAACAAGUUCACCUUCAAGGAGCUCACCUUCAAGAUGGUGGAUGUGGGUGGGCAGAGAUCAGAGCGCAAAAAGUGGAUCCACUGCUUCGAGGGUGUCACAGCCAUCAUCUUCUGCGUGGAGCUUAGUGGCUACGACCUGAAGCUCUAUGAGGACAACCAGACGAGUCGGAUGGCAGAGAGCCUGCGCCUGUUCGACUCCAUCUGCAACAACAACUGGUUCAUCAACACCUCGCUCAUUCUCUUCCUGAACAAGAAGGACCUGCUGGCGGAGAAGAUCCGGCGCAUCCCGCUCACCGUCUGCUUCCCCGAGUACAAGGGCCAGAACACCUACGAGGAGGCCGCCGUCUACAUCCAGCGGCAGUUCGAGGACCUGAACCGCAACAAGGAGACCAAGGAGAUCUACUCCCACUUCACCUGCGCCACCGACACCAGUAACAUCCAGUUCGUCUUCGACGCAGUGACAGAUGUCAUCAUACAGAACAAUCUCAAGUACAUAGGCCUUUGCUGAGGGGCCAGGGCCAGCCCGCUUGCCUGUGACGAAACCCCUGGGGUGUCACACCCCAACUCCACUUGUGCUAGGGAGACCCAGCCCAGGGGCAGAAAACGGGGCCUGAAGAAUGUCCCCGCGCCCCUCCGCCUCCUUGGCCCCCACAUUUCCACAAACAUAAAUAUAUACGGAUAGAUUGCUAGGUAGGUAGACACACGCACGCACGCGCACACAGUCUGGAGACGGCAAAGUUCCCAAAGCGUCGCAGUCUCUUGAAGAUUUGAGGGGCUGUCACCAAGUUCCCUACGGGCCCUUCCCUCUUCCUGAGUUGGCCCCACUCUGCAUGGGGGCCCCCCCGUGGGACUGCGGGGAGAGAUCGCGGGGCCACCUAGACGAGGCCAGCUCUGCCCUAGAAUAGGGACCUUGCCGUUGACCAGGAGGGGGGACCAGAGAAGGUCCGAGCUCCUUCGCUGCUGGACACGCGCGUUCUGGCCUACUCAGUACCACGUUCUGCGUUCUGGAACCAGGGUGCGAGGCCAGGUGACAGCACUAACCAGACCUCCAGCCACUCACAGCUCUUUUUAAACAGCUUCAAAAUAUGCAGCAAAAAUCCACACAAUGACAUGAGUGGCACGAUUUGUUUCCAACUAGGCCAGCUGGGUUCCAGCUUUUCUUCUACUCGUCUGAUGUUUUAUAAAUCAAACCUGGUUUUUCUUCUCUAACAUCCUUUUUUUUUGGCCAAACCUCGUGGUGUUUCGCAAAAAACAAAAAACAAAAAACCAAAAAAAAAAAUUCAAAUGCA